AAUCCGCAGCGUUCUCUUAGUGCGCCCUCCUGCUUUUGUGCGAGUUCUCCGCGUUUCUGCGUACACCGAGUGGAUCGUAUAGUAUACUUGAAUCGGCGAGCUAUACUGUUGUGCAUACAGAGUUUUGUUGUGACUCUACGGGCUCCAGUGCUUCGAGUUUGACUUUCGAUCUGGCUCGGGAUUGACGAAGACAACAGAGAGGUGUCCACCAUGACGAUGGUAGCGCACAUCACCUACACCCGAGAGGUGGAGGAGAAGGAGGAGGUGGAGCGCAUUGCGCCGCGCAACGCCCUGCUCGCCGAUCUGCAGCAGACGACGGCGAGUCUCAGCAACGGCUCGUCGCCUAUGUACUCGAGCAUCAACAGGCCAGGAGCCUUCGGAAAAGACCACAAUAUGAGCCACACCGUCACCACCGAGCGCUACGAUUACAAACCCUCCUCGGACAAGACGUCGCCCAUCUACCAGAACCAGUACAUCGUGCGGGAAGUCACAACGACAACUACGAAUCGGACUUCUUCACCAACAUCACCGCGCAGCCGUCGUCUCUUGGAUGGGGCUGCCAGUCCACCAACUCCGAGGCGCUCGCCCAUUUCCAAUAACCUGUCGGAGCUGGACAACCUCCUGGAAGACCUGAAUACGGCCAAGUUCCCACCCCAAUCACACCUUCACCUCCACUUUCUAGGAGCAGAGCAGCAGCAAACUUAG